AUGGCGACCUCCUCGGUGUCUCGCUAUGUUCGGAUAAUGGACUCUAUUCCUCUCCGAAAAAUGGUGUCAUUGAACCAGACAAGUUAUAUACAUGCUGAUCAUAUGACAUACAUACGAAGAAAAGCUCGGCAUUCGUCAACAACGAACCAAUCUUUACGCAAGACUGAGAAAACGAACAUUUGCUCGCAAAGUGCUGAAAAGCAUUUAGAAGGGUGUAAAGUGAAACGAGUUACAUCGCAAAGUUUAUUAGAGAACAUAGGUUUCAAAGUGGAAAAAAAUAACGCCAGGAUUGACGUGAAAAAAUUGUCAGUUGAGAAAGUGAAGAAAAUUUUAAACUUUCUGGACGAAAUUGGGAUUGAGCAUCAAGAUAAAGGGAAAAUAAUUUCUCGAAGACCAGGUAUUUUGACAGCAAAGGAGAAUUUGCUGAGGAUGCGAAUAGAAGCCAUGAAAAAGGCUGGAAUCUAUCCCGAAUCUGUGGCUUAUGUCGUUAAGGAGUCGCCUGGCGUGUUGACAGGAAGAACAGAAAUAUCAUUGCCAGAUAAGGUAAUGGCUCAGUCCCGGUUUCGGCGGGGGUGGGGGGGGUGGAGGGGGGGAGUACUUCCUUAUAAGAGACUAAAGGUGAUGUGCGGCUGGAUGGGGUUGCAUUUUUGUGACUGGAUUGACAAUAAUCGGGUGAAAUUUUCAAUAGAGUUACUAGAAUGGGGUCACACAUUUUCAGAUUUUUGGGGUAAGACAGUUUGGCCUGGCGUUUGGUGGGGGGCGUUUGGGUGUGGGGGCGGACUACUUUCUUAUAAGAGUCUAGAGGUGAUGUGCGGGUGGGUGGGGUUGCUUUUUUGUGACUGGAGUGACAAUAAUCGGGUGAAAUUUUCAAUAGAGUUACUAGAAUGGGGUCUCACAUUUUCAGAUUUUUUGGGUAAGACAGUUCUUCAUUUUUACGGUUAGCAAAUAUACCAGAAUGGGCUGUUGCAUUAAAUAUCCCCCCCCCCCCACAUUUGAGGACUUAAAUUGCAUUCACCCCUGAAGACUUCCAUAAAAAAUGUGGGCUUACCCCUGAAGAAUAUGGGUCCCACCCCUGAAGAAUAUAGGUUUACGCCUGAAGAAUUCCAUGAAAAUUAAAGCUUCACCCCAAAGAAUUCCAUAUUCUUUUACUCUAUCCCUAAAGAAAUCCUCAAUUUCUAACCCCGGAGAAUUCCAUGUUCCUCAACCGGAAGGGUGUGGAUAUUAAAAUGUAAUAGCCCAAUGUUUGUAAAGCUGCAAAUGCUCCACAGUGGGGCUUAAAAAUAGGUUACAAAAUAAUGUCCCACCCUGGGACAAACAAAUUACAUUUUCCAGCUUGGCAAUUUAUCUUAUCUGUUAUGUUCACUAUGUGUACUAUGCUACUUAGAAUGUAAAAAGAACUUGAGUAACAACAUGCAUGAAACUACAAUAUCGUAACUUAGAAAUUGCAUGCAAUAAAUUAUCUUCCAUAAAGUAAAUAUGUCCAUAGAUCCUCUUGGAAGAGACCCCCGUGGUUCUAUUCUGGUAAGCGACCACCAGCUGCUAUAAGUGGCCACUAAGUCUUUGCAUUUUAGGUGGUGGCUUAUGAGGUUUGACAGCGUUUAUUACCUGUUCCACAGUCAGACUGAGGCAUUACUUUUUGAGAGGCAUAUGAAUUCAAGUCAAUAUUUUCAACCCCACCCCUCUGAUAUGGUGUUAAAUUUCCCACCCAUACAUCAAGCACAGUUAUAAAAAUGUACCUCAGUGUGUACAGUAUAGAGGUAGUUGUUAUUACAUUAUAACCUUUUAUUGAUGCUUUCAUUAUUCUUUUCCCAGGUAAAAUUUUUUGAGAACUUGAAAGUCAAACCAAAGUUUACCACUGAUGAAAUACUUCAUGUACUGACCAAGUGCCCUCACCUCAUCGCCAGUUACACCGUUAAAUCUCUGGAAGAAAAAAUCGAGCUGUUUGAGAAAGAACUGAAAUUUAACAAGCACCAUAUAAAGAAUUUAAUCCUUAAACAGCCUUCUGUUUUGACAUUUAGUGAAGAAGCAAUCCUUAAAAAAUACAAUUACUGCUUUGAGAAAAUGAAUUUGAGCCCAUCCAGCAUUGCACGCUGCCCUCGCGUGUUUCAAUGUUCUCUAAAGCGAAUAAGAGAAAGGCACCAGUUUUUGAAACAUGUGGGUCGCAUUACAGAUGAGAUGAGGAUGGAUGAUUAUGGACUAGGUCUUAUCGUCACAACCUCAGAUAAACAGUUUGUGGAAAAGGUUGCAAAGACAUCGAUGGAGGAUUUUAAAUCCUUUAUAAACAAUAUUGACUCACUCAUCAGCUGUGCCAAUGAAAUUGAGUUAAAUAAUAAACAGUGUAAAGAA